GGACAUUGUGUUUUUGCUUAUAUCUGCAAGUACAAGUAAUCAUUACAAUCCAAUAAAAUCAAUAACUGAACGCGUACACUAACCUAAAUUUUGUAAUUGGUUUGCAUCAUAAUGCAAGGAGGUGAACGUCUUCUGUUGAGGUACUGGUUUUGUUGGAGCCUGUCCAUCGCGGUUAACCACGUCCAGUCUUUCUUCGCACCGGGCCCACUGCCGGGAAACUAUUACAGCAUCCCUCCGGCGCCAGCAAAUCCUUAUUUAACUUGGCCAAUGUCUUUUUUCAACAGACCGCAAUAUUUGCCUAACCCUCCCGUGUACGCAUCCAAUCCCAGUUUAAUAGGCAUUCUGAACUAUGAUGACUACAGAUGGGAACGUUUUUACAAUUACUCGACAACACCAGCUCCGUACAGUUAUUCUACACCGCCCAACCGGCGCGAAGCUUUCGACUCAUUGGACAUAUUUCCGGCUCCAGCAUUAAGUGGCUCGGUGCCGCUCUCUUCUGCUCCAGAAACGGCACACAAUCUCUUCGGGCGCAGAAGACCCAGUAAUGCACGGGCUCCCGCAACUCCCUCUCCACCUUCACCUCCAUCCCCGCCACCAUUUACAAGUACGAUUAGAACAACAACAAGAGCCAGCACAGGCGUACCAAAUCCGCCAUAUAACUCUCUGGGUGCCGGUUCUUCAAAAGAAAACCCGAACAUUUUCGCGACUUCCAUGUCAAACACCAGCUCUGACAGUGAAACUGAGAAUGCCGGAGACGAUAUUUCCAGUUCUAAGCAAUGCUCUUGCUGGCCGUUCUGCAUUGUCGAAGAAGAAUGUAAGGAGCAACGCGUUGUCUCCAUACAAGUGGGAAACAAUCCUGAUGGCAAGUCCUGUUUUGCAACGGAAGGCCAAAUGCCGAUAGGGUCAAGAAGAGGCGUUUGUGUGUAUACCGAUGAUGUUCGGACUCGCUGUCUGGGAUCGGACCAGGAGAAAAAAUGUUUGACCUUUCAUCGGUGUUGCGUCGACCAGCAGUCCGCGUAAUCAUCUGACUGCCGUGCAAUCGGCGUAAAUGUUUGUUUUGCGUGCUCUGCAACUCGGUAGUGUACUCGUCAACAUCCAUAUCAUACACUGUACGUGCCUCUUUUGUUCACUAAAUUUAAGUAGUAGAACUUUUACGGGGCAGCGCUUGACCACCAAGAUGUUGUUUUUUGUUGUUCAGCUUGUGCAGUACUUUUGUUUCUUUAAUUUGAAGGUUUGCAAAGCGUGCCAAACUGUACGCGCACAUAUAGGCAUGUAAUUAUUACACAUGCUUUCAUUAUGAGUUAGAUGUACUCAAAAGUUGUAAAACCAUAAGGUUUCACAUUUAUUAUGGAUAAAAAAUUACAACGAUCUGCUUUAAGCGAGCCGUUCGUUUACAGCAUACCAAACAAAAUGAAGACGAUUUCCUCCAGUGCACGUACAUCGCUUACCCUAGUAAAUGCUCCUUUUGUCAGCUACAGUGCUUGCAGUAUCAAGAGUUUUAUUUAAA